AGUUUCCUACCGACUUCUCGCAGAAAAUAAAUUUCCAACAAUUGCAAGCAAAUAAUAAAAAUAAAAAUGUAAAAACCCAAUAGAAAAACGACAUAAGGAAAUUGUCAAGAUAAUUCAAAUGUGCUCAACAAAAUGUUUCCUGAUGCCUGGCCUCAGCAAACGAAUACAUCAGCCGCCCCAACAGCAACCCGAAGAACGACAACAGCAACAGCAAAAACAGCAAUUGAGAGCAGUGAUAAAUUGAUUAACAAAAAUGUUGUGCAAUUAAACAUUUGGCUACAAUUGUAUGAAAAUUUAUGCAAAUCAAAGCCGAGCGAUGACUGCGUGGCAAGAAGCAACAAUCAGAGGCCGCCACCACCACCAGAAGCAGCAGCAACAGCAGCAGCGACAAGAGCAGCAAGAAGCAGGAAAUACCAACAGCAGCAGCGGCAGCAGCACAAACACCAUCGUGGUUGCCACACACCCAGCAACGCGUCAUUGCAAUUUGCAUUUAAUUGUUGUGAUUAUCUUGGCCUGCUGCACACGCUGGCUCUAUGGCUUACCCGACGGUCGUGCCACCUGCCGUUCAGUGCCUGGUCUCACCAAGGAUCAAGUGGAGCUCUGCUACAAGGCGAGUGAUGUGACAGCAGCCGCACUCGAAGGACUCGAUAUGGCCAUACGUGAAUGUCAAAUACAGUUUCAAUGGCAUCGCUGGAACUGCUCAUCGCUGAGCACAAAGAGCCGCAAUCCGCAUGCCUCCAAUCUGCUGAAGAAAGGCUACAGGGAGAGCGCGUUUGCUUUUGCCAUUUCGGCUGCCGGGGUGGCACACAGCGUGGCGAGGGCCUGCAGUCAAGGCCGUUUGAUGUCCUGCGGCUGUGAUCCGACCAUCAAUAGGAAGACCCUCAACAAGAACCUCCGCCAGUCGCUGGACAAGGAGAAGAAGCAGUUCUUGCAGUACUUGGAAACCAAUCAGAUUCUAACGCCCGAGGAGGAGAAGAAGUACGAGCGCUCGAAGAUCGCCAGCCGGUGGAAGUGGGGUGGUUGCUCCCACAACAUGGAUUUUGGUGUGGAGUACUCCAAGCUCUUCCUGGACUGUCGCGAGAAGGCAGGCGAUAUUCAGUCCAAGAUCAAUCUGCACAACAAUCAUGCAGGCAGAGUGGCCGUUUCGAACAACAUGGAAUUCCGCUGCAAGUGCCAUGGCAUGUCCGGCAGCUGUCAGCUGAAGACCUGCUGGAAGUCCGCCCCCGACUUUCACGUCGUCGGCAAGGUCUUGAAGCAUCAGUUCCGCAAGGCCAUACUCGUGGAUCAGUCGAAUCUCGGCAACGGCGAACCCAUUGUCGUCUUGAAGCGGGCCCGCAACAAAAAGUCAAAUAGUGGCAGCAGUUCCGGCUCCUCAUCCUCGGAUAUGGAUGCCGUCGAUGCGUCUGGCACGCUCGAUGGCGGUGGUCUGGUGGGCGAUCACGAGACAAGGCGGCACGAGGAUGGCUCGGAGCGUGGCACGCGCCAGCCGAACGCUGAUAAAAACGCGGCGCGAAUGGCACGCAAACUGGAGACAUCGCUCUUCUACUAUCAGCGCUCGCCCAACUUUUGUGAGCGCGAUCUGGGCGCAGAUAUACAGGGCACAGUGGGUCGCAAAUGCAAUCGGAAUACGACAACCAGCGAUGGGUGCGCCUCUCUCUGCUGUGGGCGUGGCCACAGUCAAAUCAUCGAGCGACGGGCCGAGCGCUGUCACUGUAAAUUUCAAUGGUGCUGUAGUGUGGAGUGCGAGGAAUGCCACGUGGAGGAGUGGAUUAGUAUAUGCAAUUGAUAAGGAGAUCGAUCAGCUUUCCCAGCAAUCCCAGCGGUCAGCGAAGAGGCAGAGUAAGGGAAUGCCUCCAGAGGGAUCAUCACACACAUAAGAAAAGACUUUUCUUCAAUCUAAACAAAACAAAACACUUAACACAAAUCAGUAUUAAACAAUAAAAAUAUGUUAUAGGCCCACCAUAAAAAACAGAAAACAGAAAACAAAAAACGAUAAUUGAAAUGUGUAAAUUCAAUGAUUAGUUUAGCAAUC